AUGUGGAAGGUUGAUUUGCUAAAGCAGUGGACAGCUGAAGGUUUCAUUACUUCAACAAAAGGAAAUGAGGGAGUUGCAGAGAGUUAUUUUGUUGAGCUUGUCAAAAGGGGAAUGAUCCAACCUGAGAAGAUUACUCACAAUAAUGAGGUGCUAUCUUGUACAGUACACCAUAUGGUACUUGAUCUUAUUAUGAACAAGUCUAGAGAAGAGAAUUUUAUCACAGUAGUAGAUUACUCUCAAACCAAUGCAUUGUUUUUUAUGAAGCCCCGUCGAUUGUCCCUACACUUCAGCUGUUCUCAGUAUGCAACCAAACCAAAGGAUAUAAGACUGUCACAAGUUCGAUCACUUGCCUUUUUUGGACUCCCUAAGUGCAUGCCUUCUGUCACGGAAUUUAAGGUUCUACGGGUUUUAAUUAUUGAAUUUUGGGGCAACAAGGAUGAUUUCAGCAGUCUCGACCUAUCAAGAAUUUGCAGAUUAGUUCUGUUGGGAUAUUUGAAGAUUUCAGGUCACAUCUUUGUGGAUUUUCCAUCCAAGAUCCUGGGAUUAAAAUUAUUGGAAACACUGGAAAUAUUUGCAACAGUUUCUACCACUCUUAAUCGAAAAGCAAUGGAAAUAGAUGCAAAAGAGUCUGCUCUUCCAAAUGAUAUAGUUCAUCUCCCAGGGUUGUUGCAUUUGAGCCUUCAAGAGGGGAUAAAACUACCUGAUCGAAUUGGCCUUCUUACAUCUCUGCAAACACUAAAGUAUUACGAUCUUGGAAAUAACUCUGAAGACUGUAUACAGAGCCUUGGUGAGCUGAAAAACCUGAGAGAUCUUCACCUCACCUGUUCGACAACACUGUCUCAUGAGCAUCUGAAGAGAAACCUCGUAGCUCUGGCAUCUUCACUUGGGAGAGUUACCAACUUGGAAUCUCUCACACUGGCUCAUGGUGCUGUGGGCAUGACAAUGUUCGUGGAGCACUCAAGUGCCAUGUUCUCCGCUUCCAAGUUUCUUCAGAGACUCGAGGUUUUGCAGUCUACUUGUAUCUUUUCCAGCCUUCCUGAGUGGAUUAGGAAACUCUGCAGACUCAUCAUUUUAAAAAUUGUGGUAAGAGUACUGAUAAGGAGUGAUAUUGAUAUCUUUUACAUAUGA